AUGAAGAAGAAGAAUAUCACUGAUACGACUGCUUACUUACCAUUCGACAUCAUGUAUGUCAAAGACAAAUUCCCCAAUCUCAACGAAACAGUUACUGCUCGUCUAGCGAAGAUGAUAUCGAGACGUAGGCAGCUGAUACAGUACCGCAAGCGCCACACUGAUGCCUUACAAGAAGAAGAGAUGAAUGUGAAUGACGAUCUCAAGGUCGAACAUGGUCAUAUACCCGUGCCUACUCAAGGGGAUAUAGCCAGCGAGUCGGCGCCUAGUUCAAAAGGCCCGAGUCAACGCACAGAACUCACAAAAGCGACAACGCUGAAGAUCAAUGCUCUAGUAGUACCAGUCCCACCGGUUAUCGGACUGUAUACGCCAUCAGUGUCCGACUUCGAAUCUUCCACCGCGUCCGAGCAGACUGCAAAUGCAAUCAAGAUCAGGAUUCCAAAUCGACCAAGGACAAAGGAGGGGUGGCUAUUGAGUCAGUUCAUAUGUCCUUACUGCUCGACCGCGCAGUUUAUUACGUCUGAGCGCAAAUGGAAGUAA